AUGUCUGAUCGACUUGAGGGAACCAAUGACACUUUCGGUGGAUUGAUUAUCAAGAAAAAGAAGACAAGCGAAAGCACUUCGGCACCAGGCAAAAGUCUUCUUGGACUCGAUAAAUUGGCAUCAACGAAACGAGAAUAUGCUAGAAAACGAGAUGAAGAUCGGGAAGAAGAUGAAGGAGUUACUGAUUCGGUGAGAAAAGAGAUCGAUCGAGUACGUGAUCGACGAAAAGAUCGAGAAGAUAGAGGUGUAAAAUAUAAGAGUAGAGAAGAUGAUAGAAAAAAUGAUAGAGAUAGUCGAAGAUAUGAUAGAUCAGAUAGAUCCGAUCGAUCUGAACGAAGAGAUCGAGGUGGAGAAACUCCCAAAUUUCGAAUUCCUGAUACUCCAUCAAGAACAUCUUGGGAUAUUGAUGAUAAAAAGAGACAUCGUGGAAAUUGGGAUAUGCCAACACCAAGAGGAGAUAGAGAUCGAGAUAGAAAACGAGAAUAUGAUUCAGAGAGGAGUAUUUCAAGUGCAUAUCGAAGUGAAAGAAAACGACGAGAUGAUGAUAAACGAAGGAGAUAUCAGAAACCGGAAGAUUCUGUGAGAUCAGAGAAAAAUGAGAAAAUUGAGUGAGUUUUCUAUCUAAAAUAAAAUGAAAACUUAUAAGUAAAUUUCAGAUUUCAUGAUGAUGAAGAACGAGAGCAAUGGGAAGUUGAGCAGAAAAAUCUUGAUCGAGAAUGGUAUGAUAAUGAAGGAGCAUUCGAUGAUGAAUAUAACCCAUUUGCAAAAAUAUCUGAAGAAUUUGUCGAAAAACGAGAAAAACAAUGGCAAGAAAAAACACAAAAACCACGGUUAACUCAUAAACAACAAGCAAUCAAAAGAGAAAAUGAAAUGUGGGAAAAUAAUCGAUUGCAUCGAUCUGGAGUCGUUGCGAUGGCUGAUGAAUUAUCAAGUGUUUUUGAAGAUGAGACAGAUGAGAAUCGAGUUACGAUCUUGGUACAAAAUAUUGUGCCUCCAUUUUUAGAUGGACGAAUUGUUUUCACAAAGCAAGCUCAACCUGUAAUUCCAGUUGUUGAUACAACUUGUGAUAUGGCAGUUGCAGCAGCGAGAGGAAGUGUUGCUGUGAGGAGACGGAGAGAAAAUGAAGAUCGAAAAAGAGCACAAGAUAAACAUUGGGAAUUGGCUGGAAGUAAACUUGGAAAUCUAAUGGGAAUCAAAGAUAAACCCGAUGAUACUGCAAAUCCAGACGAUGAUGAUAGUGGAAACUAUAAAGAAUCACAUCAAUUUGCAUCGCAUAUGAAAGACUCAGAAGCAGUUUCGGAUUUCGCGCUUGAGAAAACAAUUAAGCAGCAAAGAGAAUAUUUGCCAGUAUUUGCGUGUCGACAGAAAAUGAUGAAUGUGAUUCGAGAGAAUAAUGUUGUGAUUAUUGUUGGAGAAACUGGAUCGGGUAAAACAACACAAUUGGCACAGUAUUUGUUAGAGGAUGGAUUUGGAGAUGCAGGUAAGUGUAGGUGAAAAAUAGGGUAACAUUUGUAUGAAAAAUUAUUGAUUUUAUAUGCCUAAAUUAGAGUUGUUAUUCGAAAGUUUAAUUAGAAAAUGUGACAAAGAAAAACUUUCCAGUUUUGCACAUUUUUGACCGAAAAAAAGUAGUCAAAGAAUCUGACUGACCGAAAAAUAAUUUGUUCUAGAAACGAAUUCAAAUUUGCAGGCCUAAUUGGAUGUACUCAACCUCGUCGAGUUGCUGCAAUGAGUGUUGCAAAACGUGUGGCUGAUGAAAUGGGAGUUGAACUUGGACAAGAUGUUGGAUAUGCAAUUCGAUUCGAAGAUUGUACAUCUGAAAAAACCAUAAUCAAAUAUAUGACUGAUGGUAUUUUAUUACGAGAAUGUCUUGGUGAUGGAUCACUUGAUCAAUAUUCUGCAAUUAUUAUGGAUGAAGCUCACGAAAGAUCACUGAAUACUGAUGUUCUAUUUGGACUUUUGCGAGAAGUUGUUGCGAAAAGAUCAGAUUUGAAGUUGAUUGUAACAUCUGCUACUAUGGAUGCUGAUAAAUUUGCUGAUUUCUUUGGUGGAAAUUGUCCGACAUUCACAAUUCCUGGAAGAACUUUCCCUGUAGAAUUAUUCCAUGCUCGAACUCCAGUGGAAGAUUAUGUUGAUGCGGCUGUCAAACAAUGUGUAACAAUACAUUUAGGAGGAAUGGAAGGAGAUGUUUUGAUUUUUAUGCCUGGACAAGAAGAUAUUGAAUGCACUUGUGAAAUGAUUAAGGAGAAAUUGGGCGAAUUGGAUGAAGCACCGCCUUUGGCUGUUUUACCAAUUUAUUCGCAAUUACCUAGUGAUUUGCAGGCGAAGAUUUUUCAAAGAGCACCGGGAGGAAUGAGAAAAGCGAUUGUGGCUACAAAUAUUGCCGAAACUUCUUUGACUGUUGAUGGAAUUCUUUUUGUGAUUGAUCCAGGAUUUUGUAAAAUGAAGGUGUAUAAUCCGAGAAUUGGUAUGGAUGCGCUGCAAAUCUUCCCGGUUUCACAAGCAUCGGCGAAUCAAAGAUCGGGAAGAGCGGGAAGAACUGGUCCCGGACAGUGUUAUCGAUUGUAUACAGAGAGACAGUUCAAAGAUGAAUUAUUGGUGGGUUUUUUUUUUGGAAAAUGUGCAAAUUUUUGCUCGACGUUUUGAUAUAAAUUUUUAGAAGUUGGAAAAUUUGAAAAAAAAAUGAAGAAGUAAAAGAAGAAAAAACUAUCCAAAACCAUCAGAGUUUUUUUCAGAAAAGCACAGUUCCCGAAAUCCAACGAACCAACUUAGCUAAUGUCGUUCUCCUCCUUAAAUCUCUCAACGUCGAUGAUCUUCUCAAAUUCCAUUUCAUGGAUGCUCCACCUCAAGAUAAUAUGCUCAAUUCAAUGUAUCAAUUAUGGACACUUGGAGCAUUAGAUAAUACAGGACAAUUAACACCAAUGGGUCGAAAAAUGGUCGAAUUUCCACUUGAUCCAACAUUAUCGAAAAUGUUGAUUGUUUCAGCUGAAAUGGGUUGUAGUGAAGAAGUUCUAACAAUUGUUUCGAUGUUAUCAGUUCCCGCUAUAUUUUUCCGACCAAAAGGACGAGAAGAAGAAGCAGAUAAUAAAAAGGAGAAAUUUCAAGUUCCUGAAAGUGAUCAUUUGACAUUUUUGAAUGUCUAUUUACAAUGGAGAACACAUAAAUAUUCGGCGAAAUGGUGUACUGAUAAUUAUUUGCAUGUGAAAGCGUUGAAAAAAGUGAGAGAAGUGAGGGCACAACUCAAAGAGAUUAUGCAGGAUUUGAAAUUGCCGUUGAUGUAAGUUUGAAUAGUUUUUUUCAUUGGAUUUAAAUCAUUGGGAAAAAAAAUCCACGUGGAGUUUUUUAGCUCAAGAAUUGAAUACUCAAAAAUUGAAUAAAGAUUUUCCAAAAAUCUAUUUUUUUGCAGUUCAAAUGGAAGUGAAUGGGAUAUUGUUCGAAAAUGUAUUUGUUCAGCAUAUUUCCAUAAUGCGGCCAGAUUAAAAGGAAUCGGAGAAUAUGUGAAUGUUCGAACCGGAAUCCCAUGUUUCCUUCAUCCAACAUCUGCACUUUUUGGAAUGGGUUUCAUGCCGGAUUAUGUUGUUUAUCACGAACUUAUUAUGACUGCAAAAGAAUAUAUGCAAGCUGUGACAGCUGUUGAUGCGAUUUGGUUGGCUGAACUUGGACCUAUGUUUUAUUCGGUUAAGGUUCGUUUUUUUUAGAUUUGAGAUUUUAAAAAUGAAAUUGAAAAAGUAUAAUUUUCCAAGAUUUAAAAACAUUUCGAAAAUCAUUUUCUGAAGCUAGGUUACAUUUUUAAAAAAUAAAAAUUUCACAAAUCCCUCGAUUUCACAUGUUUUCAGGAAUCAAAACAAUCUCGACGAGACCUAAAAAUGGAAAGUGUUCGAACAGCCGAAACAAUGGAAGCCGAAAUGCGUGAAGCGCAAAAAGAAAUGGAAAGACGGAAAAUUGAGAGCGAAAAAGCAUUCAAACGACCCGAUUCAUCUCGAAUUGUAGAAGUUGGAACGAAAUCGGCAAGAUCUGAACGACGAAAAUUGUGGGGACUUUGA